AUGGCACCCAAAAAGAAGGCUAUAAAGAAGAGCAAAGCGGAGGUCAACGAGAUGACUAUCAUCGUGGAAGACAGCCCCCUGAACAAGCUCAAUGCUCUAAACGGGCUCCUAGAGGGAGGCAACAGCCUUAGCUGUGUUUCUUCUGAACUAACAGACACUUCCUACGGCCCCAACCUCCUGGAAGGUUUAAGUAGAAUGAGGCAAGAGAGCUUUCUGUGUGACUUAGUCAUUGGUACCAAAACCAAGUCCUUUGAUGUUCAUAAAUCAGUGAUGGCUUCAUGCAGUGAAUACUUUUACAACAUCCUGAAGAAGGAUUCUUCAACGAAGAGGGUGGACCUCAACGAUAUUGCCCCUUUAGGCCUGGCCACAGUGAUCGCCUAUGCUUACACGGGAAGGCUGACGCUCUCUCUGUACACAAUAGGGAGCAUCGUCUCCGCUGCUGUGUACCUUCAGAUCCACACUCUCGUGAAGAUGUGCAGUGAUUUUCUGAUCCGAGAGAUCAGUGUUGAGAACUGCAUGUAUGUGGUGAACAUCGCCGAGACGUAUUGCCUGAAAAACGCAAAGGCAAUGGCCCAGAAAUUUAUCCGGGAUAACUUCAUCGAAUUUGCAGAAUCAGAGCAAUUUAUGAAGCUUACGUUUGAACAAAUGAAUGAGCUUCUCAUAGACGAUGACCUACAACUGCCUUCUGAGCUAGUAGCGUUCCAGAUUGCAAUGAAAUGGCUGGAAUUUGACCCAAAAAGGGUGAAACAUGCAGCCGAUCUUUUAAGUAACAUUCGAUUUGGUACCAUUUCUGCACAAGACCUGGUCAAUUACGUUCAAACCGUACCAAGAAUGAUGCAAGACGCUGACUGUCAUAAACUGCUUGUGGAUGCUAUGAACUACCACCUACUGCCUUAUCAUCAAAACACGCUGCAAUCUAGGCGAACAAGAAUUAGAGGUGGCUGCCGAGUUCUCAUCACUGUUGGGGGACGCCCUGGCCUGACCGAGAAGUCCCUUAGUAGAGACAUUUUGUACAGAGACCCUGAAAAUGGAUGGAGCAAGCUUACAGAGAUGCCAGCCAAGAGUUUUAACCAGUGUGUGGCUGUGAUGGAUGGAUUCCUGUAUGUGGCUGGUGGUGAGGACCAGAAUGAUGCAAGAAACCAAGCCAAGCAUGCAGUCAGCAAUUUCUGCAGGUACGAUCCUCGCUUCAACACCUGGAUCCACCUGGGCAGCAUGAACCAGAAACGCACGCACUUCAGCCUGAGCGUGUUCAACGGACUCCUGUACGCGGUGGGCGGCCGCAACGCCGAGGGCAGCCUGGCUUCGCUGGAGUGCUACGUGCCCUCCACCAACCAGUGGCAGCCCAAGGCGCCGCUCGAGGUGGCACGCUGCUGCCACGCCAGCGCCGUGGCGGACGGCCGCGUGAUCGUGACGGGUGGCUACAUCGGUAGCGCGUACUCGCGCUCCGUGUGCGCCUACGACCCCGCACUCGACGCGUGGCAGGAGCUGCCCGAGCUGAGCACGCCGCGAGGCUGGCACUGCGCGGUGGCGUUGGGCGACAGGGUGUACGUGAUGGGGGGCAGCCAGCUGGGGCCGCGCGGGGAGCGCGUGGACGUGCUCACGGUGGAGAGCUUCAGCCCCGCAGCGCGCCAGUGGAGCUUCGUGGCCCCGCUGCCCGUGGGUGUGAGCACGGCGGGGGUCUCGGCGCUGCACGGGCGCGCGUACCUGCUGGGCGGCUGGAAUGAGGGCGAGAAGAAGUACAAGAAAUGUAUCCAGUGCUUCAACCCUGAGCUCAACGAGUGGACGGAGGACGACGAGCUGCCCGAGGCCACCGUGGGCGUGUCCUGCUGCACACUGGCCAUGCCCAACAGUGUGUCCCGCGAGUCACGGGCCAGCUCGGUGUCCUCCGUGCCGGUCAGUAUCUGA